CAAGUUUACUUAACAUUGAGCUUUCUGAAAGACAAAAUACACUUUAAUGUUCAACAACAAUCUUAGUGUUAAAAAAGGAAGAAGAUUUAAUAUAUUAUAUUGAAGUUUGAGAAUAGGAAAAUGGAAAGAAGAGAAAAGUUGAAACUUGGGGUUGUUGUGGGGAAGAUAAGAGGAAGAUCUUCAACCCCACCACCUACUUGGAGACUUGAAUUUCCAUCUUCUCAACAGAAUGCUAAAAUCAAAAACACUUUUCAACAUGAAUUCCUCAACUUUUCCACUUCAACACUCUCUGCAAGAAACCUCUGUGCCAAACUAUGGGAAAUUCAUAGUCAUUGCCCCUCUCACCAGCCAGCAUCUGCUUGGGGAUUGAGAAGACGUGUACAAGCAUCACUUGACAGAAAUGGUUCUGCUCUACCGUCUGUUUCCCCUGCUAGUCGCCGUAGCUUAAUGGAAGUUAGACCAGAUAAUAAUGUAAACCAUAUAAGUUCUUUAGACUCCAACAAGGGUAAGAUUGGAAUUGGAGAGUCAAGCUGCAUCCCAAAAUCAUCCAGAGAGUUAGUCAAGGUUCUCAAUCGUAUCUGGUGUCUCGAAGAACAGCAUGCGUCAAAUAUAGCAAUAGCAAAAGCAAUGAAAAUGGAGCUAGAUCUUUCUCAUGCACAGAUAAAAGAGUUACUGCAAGAAAAGAAAAAGAAUAAGCUAGAAAUGGAUAACAUAAUGAAGCAUAUAACAGAAGAUAAACUUGUUCGGAAGAACAAAGAACAUGAUGAUAUGAUCAAAGGUGUAGUUCAAUCAGUCAAGGAAGAGAUUGAAGAUGAAAGAAGGUUAAGAAAGCAUUCAGAAAGCCUGCAUCAGAAGCUAACUAGGGAACUUUCUGAAGUGAAGACUUUGUUCCGUGGUACUUUGAAUGAUCUUGAAAGAGAGCGAAAAGAAAGGAUCCUCUUGGAGAAUUUCUUUGAUGAUUUUGCCAAAGGAGUAAGAGGUUAUGAACAUGAAGAGACACAUUCAAUUGUCGACAAGUUGCGCGUUGAUAUUGAAACAUUUCUUCGUACAAAACGAUCUAUUGACUCGAAAAAAUAUAGUACCUCAUCCACUAAGGAGCUCAAGGAAAUUUACCCUUGCCUAAAUUCAUUGGAUUCCUUUCAACUAAAGGAGACAAUAAAUUCACCUCACAAUGCGGCUGAACAAGAUUCCAUCGGUUCCGACAUUUUCGAACAGAAAAGGACUAAUGAAAAAGGACCAAACAAACUCAACUACAGACUGCACAACAGUAAUGCCAGAGAGAUUUACAAAGAAAAGAAAAGAAACAAGAAUUCAGUGAGUAAACAAGUUCUUUCUAAGGAAACUCCGAAAGAGUACCGCCAUAUGCACAAAAACGUGGUAAAGAACAUGUCAUGUGAAAUUGGAGGGUCCAACACAACUCUAUUAAAUGCUCCUAUGGUAUCAAAUGUCUUUGAGACAAUACAAGGUCCACAAGAAAGUGAUAGAACCAGGACCAAGAGAAUUAAUUCAGUUCACAAUCACAAGGUUGACAACAUAGUUGGAAACAGUUCUAUGUCAUCAGAAGGUGAUAAGGUUUAUCCUGAGAGUUUUUGCAGGGAAAAUUCUUGUGUCUGUUCUACAGUUACAGUUAAUGCUAGUCCUGUAAAACAGUGGAAAACUACAUUGAUUAUACCAGAUUUUAACAAAUCUCAGUCUCACUACAAAUUGUCUAAGGGAGUAAAAAGAUAGUACAUUUAUGGCAAAACUUGUUGAAGCAAGGUUAGAGGGACAUAAUUCUAGAUCUUUUUUAUGAACCAAACAAGUUUUUUAUGAGAACAUUGGAAUAUGAAUAGUUGCAAAUGUGUCUACACUAUGAGGGACUACAUAUAUCAGUAUCAAUCUAUAAUUAACAUUUUUGUAGAUGAGAAUCUUAUUGUAAUUUUGCAUGGUUAGAUGGAUGAAGAUCAGAGUUAUGUUGAUUACUUGUUAAGGAAAAUUGAUCUGAAAUGUCCUUCUACAAAGUAACACAACCAAUAAGUGAUUUUAGACUCACACACACCUACAUAUAUACAUAUAUAUACAUGUAUGAGUCUGUUAAGAUGUUACUAAUUAUCAAACAUUAUGAUCACAAAAUAA